AUGGGGUUGGUCGACGUGUACAACUGGCCUCUAGUUGCGCUCCCCGUUUCCGGGCUCCGUCAUGGCGGCCCCGUGGCUUGCUGGAAUCAUGUGUGGGUUGGCACCGAGACCGGGAUCCUGAAAGGAGUGAACCUUCAACGGAAGCAGGCAACCAACUUCACGGCGGCCGGCCAGCCGCGGCGCGAGGAGGCCGUGAGCGUGCUGUGCUGGGGCGCGGGCGGCGAGAGCCAGGUAAUCUUGCUGGGCUGCGCGGAUGGCACGGUGAAGCGCUUCGGGACCGAGGAAGGCGCGUUCCAGGGACACAGGCACUGUCCCGGCGGCGAAGGCACGUUCCGGGGCCUCGCCCAGGCCGACGAUUCCCUCAUCACGUGUGUGGACUCUGAUCUCCGAGUCUGGCGUGACAGUGACAAGGAGGCCUCUCCUGACCCGCUUCUGGAACUGAGUGUGGGCCCUGGGGUGUGCCGGAUGCGGCAGGAUCCAUGACGUCCCCAUGUGGUCGCCACAGGCGGGAAGGAGAAUGCACUGAAGGUGUGGGACCUGCAAGGGUCUCCGGAACCAGUGUUCAAGGCCAAGAAUGUGCGGAAUGACUGGCUCGACCUGCGUGUUCCCAUCUGGGACCAGGAUAUCCAGUUUCUCCCCGGGUCUCAGAAGCUUGUCACCUGCACAGGGUACCACCAGGUCCGUGUCUACGACCCAGCGUCCCCACAGCGCCGGCCAGUCCUGGAGACCACCUACGGAGAGUACCCACUGACAGCCAUGACCCUCACUCCUGAGGGCAAUUCGGUGAUUGUCUCGGCACACACUCAUGGGCAGCUGGCAGAAAUUGACUUGCGGCAAGGGCGCCUGCUGGGCUGUCUCAAGGGACUGGCGUGGCAGCAAGUUCGUCGUGGGUUACAGUGCCACCUCAAACCCUUGCUGGCCUCCUGCGGCUUGGACAGGGUCAUACGGAUCCACAGGAUCCGGAACCCACGGGGCCUGGAGCAUAAGGUAUCUCUCAAGUCUCAGCUGAACUGCCUGCUCCUGUCAGGCAGGGAUAACUGGGAGCCCUCAGAGAAUAAAAUUUCUAACGUGGACCGGCCCGACGACUUGGCCUCUGCUGUCUGCUCUGUGGGCGAAGGGUCGGGCGCCGCGGAGGCUGCGGGCUCUUUAAGCCUCGAACCCCCCGUGGGGCGGGGCCACGAUGAUAGCCCAGCCAAUGGGAGUGGGGCGUGGCUACGUGUGGGUGACGUGGCGGCCCCUCGCCUCCGGUCGGGAUCCGGCGGCUCCGAACGCGGGGAGAAGGCGGUGACGGCCCGGGAGACACUGGCAGGCCGCAAACAGGAGGUAGGACACGCCCUGAGGGAUCGGGCCGCCGUGGAGACCCGGGGCAGCGACUUCAACCGGGAGAGCGACGGGCGUGGGAAGGGAGUCAGGGCGAGCGCGCUAGUCCUGCCGGCCGGGCUCCGGGUGAGCGAGUAG